UAAAGAAAGCUGUGGGAAUCCGUAACUCCGCGUGGAGAAAUCUGGUGACGUCCACCUAAUCUCACGGUGGGCACUGCACUGCAUCUGCUUUCUGAAUUCUUCAUAUUCCCAAACGCGCCUCAGAAUCUAUUUGGACGUAUAUACAGCGAGAGGUGCAGAGGAUUGUGGGGGAAGGGUGAGUGAUACUUUGUGUGUAUAUGUUUGGGUUGCACUUUGGUGGUGUGAGAAAUUUUGUGCCAGGGGCUGAACCCAACCCGUGACAAGUACAGAGAGCAGGAUUUGAGACGUGUUUUUUUGCUUAGAUUAUUAGGCGUUCUUGGUUUUUGUUUGCGAUGGGAAAUGGCAAGGGGAUCUCGUGGCUCGUCCUUUUGUGGUCGCUGCUCUGCGUUUGUUUGUUUUUUGCAGCGGGAUCUGAGGCUGGGGCUGAAAUGGAGGCGUGGAGCUUGUGGGACUCGAAGCCGCGAGCGGGAUGCAGUGGACUGAUUGGGGAGUGCUUCGAGGAUGAGGAAAUGCUCAUGGAUUCCGAGAGUAAUAGGAGGAUUUUGGCUGGGAAGACCUACAUCAGCUAUGGUGCGCUGAGGUCCAACAGUGUUCCGUGUUCGAGACGCGGGGCUUCUUAUUAUAACUGCCGAUCUGGUGGACAGGCGAAUCCUUACAGGCGCAGCUGCACUCAGAUCACUCGCUGCGCCAGAAGUACUUCUUAGGCUCUGUACUAACGCUGCUCUUUUUCGUUCUCAUGUUGUUCUGCUUGUUGUUCUCUGGCUUAUUCUCUGAGAUCUCGGACAUUUUGCAUUCUUUUGCUUAGUCAAAACGAAGCCAUUAUUAAAUCAAAGAUUAUAGAAUAAAAGACCUGAAAGGAGCCCAAAGGUGUGUGCGAGUUCUCCUCGCACUUGAAACCCUCAUAUAUGUAGUGUAUUUUUUCUGUAGCAGCGCAGGUUCGAAUCCUGAGCACUAAAUAAAUGAAUGUAGUGAGGACAGAACAGAGCACCUGGAAUGAUUGUAGCGGAUAGAGGAACAGGUCACCUGGAAUGGAAGUAGCGAGUUGAGAGCAGGGCAAGUCCAGGUGUCGUGUUCGAGUCCUUGCAGUUGCUUAUGGUCCAGUGAGUCUAGGGUUUGCCUCCGGGUUCUUUUAUUUUUAACAUUUUACUGUGGAUUGUAUUGUAUGCCAGAUCCAAUUUAAGGAUUAAUUAAAUAUGUAAGUGAAUUUUCAUUA